CCGGUACAUAGUUGCAAGAAGAUACACGAGCGUGCUUACCGUAAUAGCGGUGAGCAUCAGUUAGUGAAAGUUGUAUUCGGAGUAAGUCUAUAAUUAUAUAUAUAUAAAAAUGGCGGAUAAUGAUGAUCUUUUGGAUUAUGAAGAUGAAGAACAAACCGAACAAGUAGUUGAUGGAAGUGGGGACAUAGCUGCUAAAAAAGAAGUUAAAGGCACAUAUGUAUCUAUUCAUAGUAGUGGUUUUAGGGAUUUUCUUCUGAAACCAGAAAUAUUACGUGCAAUUGUUGACUGUGGUUUUGAGCACCCCUCUGAAGUACAACAUGAAUGUAUUCCACAAGCAGUACUUGGCAUGGAUAUAUUAUGUCAAGCAAAAUCUGGUAUGGGAAAAACUGCCGUAUUUGUAUUAGCAACUUUACAACAAUUAGAGUUAACUGAAAAUCAAGUAUAUGUUCUUGUUAUGUGCCACACAAGAGAACUUGCUUUUCAAAUAAGCAAGGAAUAUGAAAGAUUUAGCAAAUACAUGCCUCAUGUAAAGGUUGGAGUAUUUUUUGGUGGUUUGCCAAUUCAAAAAGAUGAAGAAGUGUUGAAGAACACGUGCCCUCACAUUGUUGUGGGUACUCCAGGUCGUAUCCUCGCUCUCGUACGAAAUAAAAAAUUAAAUUUGAAGCAUUUGAAACAUUUUAUACUUGACGAGUGUGAUAAAAUGCUUGAAUUAUUAGACAUGCGUAGAGAUGUACAGGAAAUAUUUAGAAGCACGCCCCACGGCAAGCAAGUCAUGAUGUUCAGCGCUACAUUAUCCAAGGAGAUACGCCCUGUCUGCAAAAAAUUUAUGCAAGAUCCCAUGGAAGUCUAUGUGGACGAUGAAGCGAAGCUCACAUUACAUGGUCUACAACAACAUUAUGUGAAACUUAAAGAAAAUGAAAAGAACAAGAAGCUAUUUGAAUUACUUGAUGUUCUUGAAUUUAAUCAGGUUGUUAUCUUUGUAAAAUCUGUACAAAGGUGUAUGGCACUGGCACAACUUUUAACCGAACAAAAUUUCCCCGCAAUUGGUAUACACAGAGGAAUGACACAAGAAGAACGGUUAUCAAGAUAUCAACAGUUCAAAGACUUUCAAAAACGAAUUCUUGUAGCUACAAAUUUAUUUGGGCGUGGCAUGGAUAUCGAACGUGUAAAUAUAGUAUUCAAUUAUGACAUGCCAGAAGAUUCAGACACGUACUUGCAUCGAGUGGCUAGAGCCGGACGUUUUGGUACAAAGGGUCUUGCAAUUACAUUAGUUAGUGACGAAAGUGACGCUAAGAUAUUAAAUGACGUACAGGAACGAUUUGAUGUUAAUAUCACAGAAUUACCCGACGAAAUAGAUCUAGCUUCGUAUAUUGAAGGACGAUAAAUAUAAUUCCACUUUUGAAAUAAAUUGUAAACUUCAAUUAAGUACACGAAAAACUAUAACACUCCACUUAUCAUUGUACAUCCACGCUGAAUAUAAGUCAUAUUUUGUAUCAAUUUA